GGCCAGUUGUAUGAAGCCUGUGCCUCAGGAUAUUUCUGUAAAUCGGGCUCCAAGGACGACAUGCCAACUGUCGUAACAAACUUCACCUGUAGCGCCAAUGAUGAGUGUGCCGGUCUGUGUCCGAGUGGCUACUACUGUCCAGUUGGAAUCGAAGAACCAAUACCAUGUCCUAAAGACACUUACCGCGGCCAUCCAGGGGGAGCGGCUGUGUCCGACUGUGACAAAUGUCCAGCAGGAUUCCUGUGUAACGAAGGUACCUCCGUCCCUGUGGAAUGCCCAGCAGGAUACUACUGUCCCGAAGGAAACAAGACUGAGCCCUGUCCUUACCUGACAUUCCGUAACAACACAGGAGCAGCCGUUGUCACUGACUGCUACCCAUGUCCGGCAGGAUACUUCUGUAACCAAACAGGUAUA